AUGAAGCAUACAGUCAUCUGCUGUGCGCGUACGAAGCCCCCCACCUAUGAUAAGUCGGGAUAUGCUAGUCUGAGAGACGAGCCUACUCUCACCUUUGUUGAGCACUCCAUUGACAUGGCUAUCUUGCGCACUAACAACCAGAUUUACCGCGAGGCCUAUGAUGUCAUGGUGAAAUCUAACCGAUUCAUUCGACUCAAUUGCGCAAUGUAUAUGCCUUUUCUCGAGGGCUUUGCAGGUCAUGAUAUGCUAACUAUGGCAUGUGGGCCAAUCCGUUCUGAGAAGCACGUCCGUUACAAGGACGACUUGACUGGACACUUCUCCGAGACUAUACAGAAAGUAUUUCUGGAUCCCUUUCUUGCCAUUCAAGAUUAUAGGGACGUUGAAGUAUAUGGAUAA